CUGACACAGAGGCCCUGGCCCCCCCCGCGCCGCCCGCCCCCCCCGGCUCCCCCCCGGGCGCCGCGCCGCACGCCGGGCUCACCCUGGCGGGGCUGAUGGGGCUGCCGCUGCCGCCGCUCGGCGCCGCGGACGCGCUCGAGCUGGGCCAGGUGUCGGCGCAGGGGGGGGAGGGGGGCGAGGCGGAGCUGGACCCCGGCGUGGCCGAGCUGCUCGGCGCGGGCGAGGAGCGCUCGGCGGCGCUGCGCACGUCGCAGCGCUUCUACCUGCGCCUCGUGCAGUGGCUGGGCCGCAAGCGGCGCCCGGGCCGCACGCCCAAGUCGGCCGAGCACCACGCCAAGGUGCACUACGGCCUGCGCACCGACGUGGCCCCCCAUGACCCCAAGACGGCCCGCAAGCGCUUCGCCGACCUCCUGCGGCGCGCCGCGCGGGGGGGCUCGUGGGAGGAGGGCCGCACGCUGCUGGCGCAGCAGGAGAGCGGCUACUCGUCCCCCAACAUCUCCGCACAGCACACGCCCACGGCGCACCACCGCCUCGUCAACCCGCCCGGCUACAUGCGGCGCUCGCUCGAGCUGUCGCCGCAGCGCGCGCCGUCCACGCGGCCGCGCAUGUCGCUACCGGCGGACCACCUGCGGCGUACGCUGGACGGCCGCUUCUCCGUGCAGGCCGCCGAGCGCCGCCGCCGCCUGUCGCGCGGCAAGACCAUCAGCCAGGACGAGGGCUUCCCGCCCGCCGCUGCGUCGACGCCCCAGGACGGCGGCGGCGGCGGUGCGCGGCCCAACACGCCGCUGGCGCCGAGCGCGCGGCGCAUGUCGCGGCCGGGGUCGUCGAGCCGCGAGGAGAGCACGGGCGAGGAGAGCGGCUUCGAGGAGGAGGAGCCCGUGGAGGUGCGCGUGCCGCCCCGGGUGCUGGAGGAGCGGCGCGACUCGGGCGCCUCCACGACGCAGGUCACGGGCAGCCACGACCCACUGGCGGAGUGGGCCAUCCAGUGGGACCAGCUGCGCUUCGGCCACGUGCUGCGCCGCGGCUCCACCACCAACAUCUACAGGGGCCGCUGGCACGGCGACGUGAUGAUCCACACCUUCGACGGCUCCGACGCCGGCACGGAGCGCCGCUUCUGGGCGCUCGUGUCCAGCCUGUCCAUGAUCCGCCAUGAGAACAUCGUCCUGUUCAUGGGCGCGUGCAUGGCGCCGCCCCACCUCGCCAUCGUGACGGGCGUGCGGCGGGGGAUGUCCCUGCACCAACACACCUCCUCCAGGGGCUCCAUCCCCUACCCCUCCAGGGUCAACAUCGCCAGACAGGUCGCGCAGGCCAUGUCGUACCUGCACUCGCGCGGGAUCAUCCACGGCCGCCUCAACUCUCGCAACGUUUUCCUCGAAGCCAAGAUCAAGCUGAGUCUCCUCGACCACAGCAUGGCGGAGUCGUCGCCGGCGGGAGAGGACACGGGCUGCCUGGCGCAGGGGCUCCUCACCUACUUGCCUCCUGAGAUGAUGCGGACCGUGGUCGUGGCUCCGCCCCAGGUCACCGUCAGCGCCCCGCCCACCCAGCAGUCAGACGUGUACAUGUACGGGACGCUGCUGUACGAGCUGUUCGCCGAGGCCACGCCCUUCGCCUCGCAGCACCCGCACGCGGUCAUCCUGCAGGUGGGCAAGGGCAGGCAGCCUCCCACGGGCGAACUGCAGUGCACGCAGAACCUGAAGACCCUGAUCGGCGAGUGCUGGGACUCGGAGCCCGCGCAGCGCCCGAUCUUCCCGGACGUCCUGCGCACCCUCCAGCAGACGCUGUCCCUGCACCGCGCCCACUCCACGUCCGAGCCCGAGAGACUGAACCGCAUAGGACUCUCCGGCAGGAUCUCUUGCUGACAGGAGUUCGGGCGGCCUCCUCCUCCGGGAAGGUCGCUCACGGAGGAGACGAUCGCGGACUCCCUGGCCGGCGAACACUUCUUGAAGCUUCCUUGAGACGCAGGAAGGAGGAAGGAUGGAGAUGGCAUGAAGGAAACGAAAAGGAGGAGAAGAAAGCGAGAAGGAGGAGAAGAAAGGGAGAAGAAAAUUAGGAGGAGGAGAAGGAAUGAAGAAGUAAACGAGAAAAGGAAGGAAGGAAGGAAGUGUUCGUCCCCGGGCAUGUGUGCCAGAGUCCCGCUUGGCCGCCCGACAUGACACGCCCACGCCCUUCGCCCGCCCGCAUUCGUGCUUGCCGGCCUCCCUCGCUGACCCACGUGUGGAAGCAGAACAAAAGAACAUCGAGACCCGUAAGGAGGUCGAUACAGAGGUCAGAAAUGAAUGUGGGCCAAAAAAAAGAAAAUUAAAAAGACAGAGAGAAAGAUAAAUGAAAAAAAAAUAUGUCUGCAUGUGUUGUAUGUGUCAAUCAAGCGUAAAUAAGACAGGUCAAGUACUUUUUUCUGUCUUGAUUGUGUCUGACACUAUUACCAAAUCUCUCGUAACCAAAGAUUUUUUUUAAAGAUGUGUACUGCUCUUGACACUAAUUAGUUAUUUUUUUCUUUUACGAAAAAAAGGGAUGAAAUGAAAUAAUGUAGCGUAAGAUAAAGAUAUAUUAUCUCACAACCGAGCCAGAAGUAGAUUACCUCUAUAAAAGUGUUUAUAAGGUUUUGUGAAAGUAAACAAGUUUUGUAUUAGCGAUCUCUACAUGGCAGGCGGCCGGGAGAGAGAUGCCUAUAGUACUUUUAAGAUGAAUAUCUGUUUACCUCACUCGCUCAAUGUCCUCGAAAGUCAGAAAUAGAAGAGAAGUAAGAAAUACAUUAAAAACUAGCUAGUCUUUUACAAAAAAAUAUCUUCCACGUACCAAAGUUUACAGUUCCAGCCCAUCAAGUUUUCCGCCUUUUUAUCAUUUUUCUCUGAUGGGGAUGUCGGCGCAUCUCCUUCUUCAUCUGUCUUCCACCAGCUCAAGGGCGACACGGGAAGGGCGACCGAAAGAGCCGCGGAAGAGC